CCUAUCGGGCGAUUUGUUUGUCGCGCAGCCCGAGAAAGUAUGGCGACGUGGGAGAGCGACAAGUUUCGAGAAGACGAGGAUGCCGACGAGAUCGGGGGCAAUUUCGAUAACAUCCUCGUGACGCACGAUCUGCAGGACUGCUUGGAUGACACUCUGGACCUGUCAAGCUUCGAGAAGGUCUACGAGCAGAGCGCGGUGUUCGAUUACGAAAGAUACUCCGACGACGAUGCUCCUAUCAACGAGAGGCUGCCGAUACCCGCCGAUGACAACACGACCGAGCAUAUUCAACACACAAUCAGUCCAGAUGAAAUUUAUAUGCGAAUUCAUCAAGAGCAAGACGAUGCAUUACUUGAAGAUCUUGCAACUUCUCAUGAAACUAUUACAAUUGAAAGUAUGGAUUUGGAUAGUAAUCAGAAACAUAUCAAUCGCUAUAAUUGUCAAUAUGAAGGCUGUACCAGAACAUAUAGUACCAUUGGAAACUUGCGUACCCAUAUGAAGACACACAAAGGCGAGUAUCGAUUUAAAUGCGCAGAGCCGAGUUGCGGCAAGGCCUUUCUCACAUCCUACAGCCUAAAGAUCCACAUUAGGGUACACACAAAAGUAAAACCGUUUGAAUGCAAUUACAAAGGCUGCGAGAAAGCAUUCAAUACCCUUUACAGACUGAGAGCUCACCAAAGACUUCAUAGUGGCAACACAUUCAACUGCGAAGAGACUGGAUGCGUUAAAUUCUUCACUACUUUAAGCGAUCUCAAGAAACAUAUACGUACUCAUACUCAAGAAAGACCGUACAAGUGCAGAGAAAAGGGUUGCGGAAAGGCUUUUACAGCUUCACAUCAUUUAAAAACGCACAAGAGAACACAUACGGGCGAACGGCCAUAUGUUUGUACUUUCGAAAAUUGCAGACGACGUUUUACUACUCCUCACAGUUUAAAGAGUCACAUAAAAACGCAUAAUAAAACUGUGAAUAAUGAACUGAAGAAGCGUAAAGACAAUAGAAAUGACGAUACGACUGAGGAACAAAAAAAGUUGAGUCAAUUAGAAUUGAAACUUGUGAAAGUUAGCGCAAACAAUACUAUUAUACCAUCGUAUACUGUUAUACCAAUAUCUUCAGAUCUUGCACAAAAUCAUAAAAACAUGUACGUUUCCGCGAAAAACGAUACAGCAGGACAAGUAGUUCCUAGCGAUGUAACGAUGGACAUUAUGAGCCAUCGCAAGUUGGAAUCGCAAGUAAAACUCGGUUAUAUUUCUACCAAAGAUGCAAAAGACUCGAAUAAAACCACCAAAGUUGCGCUUCUCGCAACGGAUAUCGUGUUAGAUAAUUUUGACGAACACGCAGUUGAUGCUUUUAACAAUAAUGAGGACUAUCACGAAUUUAAGGUAUUCAAUGAAAUGACGGAAUCGAAUAUGCAACAUGAUAAUUUAACGGAUAUAGUUGGGCACAAGUCAGCUUCGUUAUCAGAAGUGAUUAUAAGUGAGAUCAGAAGUGAGUAUAAUGAUAGUAUAGAUAGGCAGGAUCAAUCUAUCCCGAUAAAUUUGGAGCAGAAGAUUAUGCAGGACGGUUUGCAAAACGCAAUAGCGCAUAUUUCGGAAGGAACAAAUUUCACAAGUGAUAUAAAGCAGUACAAAAACGAAUCCGCCACUGUUUCUGACGAUGUAUUUGCAAAUCGAUCAAAUGCAGGAAAUAUAGAUAACGAUAACAACGUGUUAUAUAAUGCCAAUUGUAUUACUAGUCAUAUUCCCGAUAUUAUAAGUUCCUCGAAUGAAACCCACCUUUUCGAGAAUGGAAUGGACGCUCUCUCGUUUAUCAAUGAUGCGACUUUACAAAGCGGAGAUUCUAUCAACGCAGUUUCAAAUCACGAUUUGUGCGCAGACACUAUAAUUGCGAACGCGCAAUCCGAAGCCGUUGAACUCGCGAUAGCUACUGAGGAGGAAUUACCUUCAAGUUGGAUAGAUGUUACAGCAUUGGCAACCGCAUCCGCUUUAAGAACACAAUCUUGGUCCGAGUUCAAUGCUUUUCCCAUAGCAGUUCAUUCCCUGGUCGAUCUAGUUGGUCCGGAACCUUACCCAUUAGAGAUAGAUUCUCAAUUGCCAUCUAUGGAAAAUUUGAAAAAUAUUAACACAGUAAAUACGGAACAUACUUUAGCAAAUACUGAGAUUGUGCAAUCUCAAAAAGCAGCCGAUUAUGAGGCUAAGAGUAUAAGUAAUAUUAAGAAUAAAAAAGAUAAUAGAAAUGUUCUGCAGGAGAUCACGGCAGACGCUGAUAUAUGUAAAUGUGUUGACUGCAAAUGCGAUAAUUUACAAAAUUGUCAGAAUUGUACAAAUAGUCCUGUCGCAGAAAUUACGAAAAAUACGUUAAAUAUUGUAAAUGACAUCGUGUCUUCCUUGCAAAGUGGAUGUUCCUGCAACGCUGAGUCGGGUGGUUGUGAUUCAUGCUGUGUUGUAAUUUGCUUAAAGACAUUACAACAAUUACAGAAAGUAUUUAGCAAUUGCUGUAAGAAGACCACAAAUAUGUGUUGUGGGGAAAAGUUGUUACCAUCCUUGAUGAAGUGUCAAUUAGCUAGAAAUCCAUGAAUCACAUAUUUUCUUCAUUAACUAGUCAUGCAAGAAAAUAAUGCUAUAUUUUCAUGUUAACUCCCCUGAAAAUGUGAUUUUGCACUUGAUAGCUUUAAAAUUGCCUUUGGCAAUUUUUGCCUUCCAAAUGUUUUAUCUAGGACAAAUUGAGAAUAUAUGACUGUACAUACAUUUAUGUGCUAUAUCUAUAUUUAAUAGAAUCUUACAAUAUUGAUUCUAUACAUAUGUUAUAUAAUUUGUGCCAAAUAUUUGUAGACUUUUUUACAAAAAAUGUUUAUAUAAACAAAAGUAUUUUAUCGCAUAAUUUGUGAUAAUAAAUAAAGUAUCCACAACUUUAAAAUAUUAUUCAAAUGUAAUAAAAAAAGAGUUAAAAUGAAACUAACGAUACACAUACAGAAGUGCAAGGAAAUGAAUGCACAAUAUAUAAUUAUUUUUUACAAAUUAACUAUGUUGACAUGAACAAAAAA